CACGUGACCGCGUUCCUCCCGAGGCAGUAAAUAUCAGCAGCUAGCGCUGAUAAUGCUAACUCUGCUACACCUCUUUCCCCGCUGAUCGCGUUAUGAGCUCCCAGCCCUAGUCUGCGCAGGAGGUCCUGAGGUCGGUUUCCCCCUUCCCCCCCACCCCUGAGGGAUGAGACUUCUUUCUCUGCCGUGGGGGGAAAAACUAAAACAAAAAGCAAAACGCGGAAGCUCGACCUGCUUGAUCAAAUCUCAGCUUAGCGUCAGAAGUUUUAGCCCCAGCAGCUAGCCGCAGGAGCAGGGCUGACGGACUAUGCAAGGGGAGACUGCGGCGGUCCGGGUCGCGGAAAACGAGAGCAAGCUGGAUGGCUUUCCCCCGAACAGGACCCCGAGCUCGGGCAGAGCGGGCGGGAAAAGCUGGCAGUACAGCGAUCACAUGGAGAACAUUGACGGCUACCUGAUGAAAUACACAAACCUGGUGACCGGCUGGCAGUACAGGUUCUUCGUCCUGAACAAUGAAGCAGGGCUGCUGGAGUAUUUCGUCAACGAGCAGUCUCGCCCGCAGAAGCCCAGGGGCAUGCUCCCCCUGGCCGGGGCCGUCAUCUCGCCCAGCGACGAGGACUCGCACACCUUCACUGUCAACGCCAUCAGCGGCGAGCAGUACAAGCUCAGAGCCAGCGAUGCCAAAGAGAGGCAGCACUGGGUCAGUAGGCUGCAGAUCUGCACUCAGCACCACACGGAGGCCAUGGGCAAGGUAGGAAGUGCUUCAACGGCUCCCCUGUACUCCAGAGGAGAAACUGAGAGUAAUCCCGCUCCUGACUCCCGCAGCUACUCGGUGGCGUCUCAAAGCAGCGCCAGCUCGCCCAUGUCCCUCCGGCGGCCCAGCCAGAACGCCCCCGCCUUGUUCGGCUGGGCGCAGGCCAACAAGGCCUCGUCCAUCUACUCCAGCAAGAAAUCCUUGUUGCCGGACCACCUGCUGGACGCCAGAGAGAUGAUGAGCCAGGCCCAGGGUCAGCACAAAGACCUGAUCCAGAGCAUCGAGGGGCUGCCGGCAGCCCCCGGCCUCUCCCCUUUGGACCAGGACCUCCUGAUGCUCAAGGCCACCUCCAUGGCCACCAUGAGCUGCCUGAAUGAGUGCCUGCACAUCCUGCACCUGCAGCAGGUCGCCCGCCAGAGGGCCUCCCUGGGGGGACCCACCAUCGAGUGGUUGGAGCCCAAAGUGCCCGACAUCCUGAAGAACGGCAGCAGCUCGCUGAGCGACUUCACCGCGGGGGAGGCCCCGCUGGAGGGGAGCCGCCUGGAGCUCAGUGUCCCCGAGUCCAGCAGCUUCUCUGGGGAGCAGGAGGAGGUCGACCCGGAGGAUGAGGUGGAGGACUCCUUCACAGACAAGGAGGAGGACCUGGGAGUGGUGGAGGAGGAGCGCAGCGUCAUCUUGCACCUGUUGUCGCAGCUCAAGCUUGGAAUGGACCUGACUCGGGUGGUCCUCCCCACCUUCAUCCUGGAGAAGCGCUCUCUGCUGGAAAUGUACGCAGACUUCAUGUCCCACCCGGAGCUUUUCGUCGCCAUCACCGAUGGUAGCAGCCCCGAAGACCGCAUGGUCCGCUUCGUGGAGUACUACCUCACGUCCUUCCACGAGGGCCGCAAGGGCGCCAUCGCCAAGAAGCCCUACAACCCCAUCAUCGGCGAGACCUUCCACUGCUCCUGGAGGGUUCCCCGGAGGCCGGAGUCCCCCACAGAGCCCUCGCAGGGAUGUCCGGAGCCCUCCGCCGACGCCCAGGAGCCCUACCAAGUGCGCUUCGUAGCGGAGCAGGUGUCCCAUCACCCGCCGGUGUCGGGCUUCUACGCCGAGUGCCAGGAGAGGCAGAUGUGUGUGAACACGCACGUGUGGACAAAGAGCAAGUUCAUGGGGAUGUCUAUUGGCGUGUCCAUGAUUGGAGAAGGUUGUUUACAUUUGCUGGAGCACGACGAAGAGUACACCUUCACGCUGCCCUGUGCCUACGCCCGCUCCAUCCUCACCGUUCCCUGGGUGGAGCUGGGGGGCAAGGUCAACAUCGGCUGCAACAAGUCCGGCUACUCGGCCGUCAUCACGUUCCAGACCAAACCCUUCUACGGCGGCAAAUUACACAAGGUAACGGCGGAGGUGAAGCACAACCCCAGCAAUGCCGUGGUGUGCCGAGUGCAGGGUGAGUGGAACGGCGUGCUGGAGUUCAGCUACACCAGCGGCGAGACCAAGGUGGUCGACGUCACCAAGCUGGCCGUCUCAAGGAAGCGGGUCCGGCCCAUAGAGAAGCAAGCGCCGACCGAGUCCAGACGCCUGUGGCAGCACGUGACGGCGGCCUUACGGCAGAAAGAUAUUGAAAAAGCCACGGAGCACAAGAGGGUCCUGGAGGAGAGGCAACGGACGGAGGAGAGGCACCGAGCGGAGACGGAAACACCAUGGAGGACCAGAUACUUCGAUCGGGAGGGCGAAGGCUGGGCUUACCGCAAACCUCUGUGGAAAGACUCUGCGUCCAAGUCCUACGUUUCCUGUCUUUAAGGUCCUGUGUUGUAGAUUCUGGGAUGUGAGUGUGAGCGUGUCUUUGCACACACAGUUGGGUUGCGAAAGCAGUGCCUGCUCUGAAAGCCACACGGGGAGAGACGGCAUAUCAGGGGACGCUCACAGAGCCUCAGAGUACGACGCUACAUACCGCUGAUCUGUCGGUUUCUUUCUUCUUCUUUUUUUAUUAUUACUAAUUAAACAUCAAUGAAAACAUUCUUGUACAGGUACUUACAGCCUUAAGACAGUUUGGAUGAAUGAUGCUCAAAGUUGGGGAUCUGCUCGGUUGAUUCUUUUCUUCACCUUUACGCUUCAGUCUCAAAAAGCGGGACGUCUGUGAGCGACAGUAACCGCAGUGCUGCCUCAUCCCCUGACAUCAGGCCUCUACAGUCCGAGUAUUUCGUUAGGAGAGUUUAUGUCUAUCACCUCUCUGACUUCCCAAAUGACCUUAUAUAAUGAUCCGGCGAAAUGUUAGAGAAGCGAUCCGGUGAGUCGGUUUUUAACGCAAGCUUGAUGGGAAAUACCAAAGGAAGAACUGAGCUCCAAAUCUUCUAAAUCCCACAGUUAUGGCGGCAAAUUGAAGCUGCUGGAGUUUUGUUUUAAAGGGGGAUGAAAUGGUUCUAGAAGGAGAAUCUGAGUUUAGACUUGGUGGUUCAAGAAAUACAAAAAGACCUUUAAAGUAAUUUUAUAAGCUGUAUUCGUAUAUAUCUAUAUUUGCAAGAAUGACAAGUUUUGGCCUAUGAACUUCCUUUUUAUUUAAUGAUACUGACAUAAAUGUACCAUUUUACUUUUAGAGGGAUAUCAUCUUUUUUUUUCUUCUUUUUCUUCCACUCUUUAAUGUAGUUUUAAUCAGUUUAGCCCAUUAAAAACUUACAGCUUUCUUGUCCUACAUCUGUUUUGUCACAACAAAUCCUUUAUCAAACAACCCAGCAUGUUCAGGUUUAAUUAAGUCUCUCUGCCGGUAUAAAACACAUUAGGUCCCGCUUAAUCAGCAUUUAUGGGCAUUAUAAACAUGGAAUAAAUGAUUAACAAGUCACUAGGAUCCAAACCCAAAGAAUAAUUCCUAGCUAAAAGAACAAUUUUCUAGCCAGUUUCUCACUGUUCUAUUUUAAAUAAUUUAUUACAUGCUUUAAUGCUUAUAAAUACUUUUUUCUAUGUGUACUUUGAAUCUUGCUGUUUAUUAGCAUCAUAAACAUAUGAUAAAUGUUUAUCACUGAACAAAUGGACUCAUUUCUUACCAACAACAUAAAUACCUAAAAACAUAAACCCAAUAGUGUUUAUACAUGUAACAUAAUCAUUUACAGCUAAUUAAUUACUACUAAUUAAUAGACAUUUAACUUUAAACAGGUACUUAUUGGCAUUUGAAACCUUUAAUAAAUAAUUAACAGCUUUCUAUUGGGGCAUGUUUACACACAGGACAUACAUUUCCAAUUAACACUUUAGUGUUUCAUUGUAUUAGGUCUAUAAAUCCUUUAUUAUAUGUUUAUUUACAGCCUAUAAAUACUUAAUUGCCUUGAAGAUAUGUGUACUUUUGACAUGGAUUAGUUGUCAUGUCUUCAAAUACUCUUGACAGGUUUUAUUUUGCGUCACAGGCUUCAUUCUUAAGAAAGAUUUGUUAUUUUUACAAACAUGUAAAACAAAAUGGUUAUAAAGUCAUUAAUGUUGAAGUUGUUUUUUUUUCUAGCUCCAAAUGUGCUUUUAACAAUGUUUUCCAUUCUAUGGUGGUGUUUCUUAAACAUUUAUUACAUGUUUAUUAUGCCUCAUAAAUGCUUAAUAAAAACACAAUGGCCUUUAAACCUGACACUACAUGUACUGACUGGGUUUCCCUAAUUUAGCUGCUAGUGAAAUGUACUGGAUGUUUUCAUAAAAGUACGACUCUAACAGACAAACCCUGUAAGAGUGGAUAUGUUCGCCCCACCUACAAAGGCAUGCAGUAGAGUAGAUGACAUAAAAAAAAAAAAAAAAAUAGCUGAAAUACAUGUGAAUGCAUCUAAAGAUUGCUCCCUAACGGUCCCCUGCAUGGCGGUAAAGUCUCUCUGCUCUCCUCCUGGGAAUAGAAACGCUUUUUAACCACUUCUUCUUCUUGGAAUGCAAAGGAGCGUUUUCCUCUCCCCUACCCUGGUCUUUAAUUGCUCUUAUUUUUAGAGCUGCUUUUUAUAAAGAAACUCGCUGGUCUCCAUACGAGAAUUUUCUUCUCCUGUGAUCCAUUUUGUUUCAUCUCAACCGAAACCUUUUAUCACAGCAGGCCCAUCAGAACCGGUUAAAUCCACUCGGCCAUCGAUAAGCUACCCCCCUCUGCAGUCCUGGUGCCUUAUGCGACUUAUUCCUGUGCGUCUCUUCCCUGGAAGGAGCGCCGUCACUUCCACCAGUCAUUUACCUGAAUGAUGCACUGAUGUAUGCUCGGUUUUCACACUAUUGUUUUCUUUUAAAAGAACCAGGGGAACGCGUUUGGUUCCAGGUUUUGACGUUCUGUUGUCUGUCAUGCUGAUUUGUGAAAUGCACUGAUCUUGAUGGAGACCCGAUGUUGUUGAGGAACGGAUGUGUGGUAAUAAUCAAAUAAAAUUGUGUAAACUGUG